CGGAUAUUGGCAAACUAACAAAGAAACAUGAUUCGGGAAUUUUAUAGCUCCGGGAGUAAAAUACAAGGAACCUUUUAUCAACCAUUUAUAUAUUUGCGUAGUCCUUCAACAGUGCAUGAUGAAUACAAUCUUCAAGCAGGGAUAUUUUUACUUUUUUACCUGGGAUACUUAAAAGGAGGAAGGGUUUGUUAAAAUAAACAUGAUGGAGCUACACGGCAUCACUUUUCUGCUUGUGUUUAGUCAAUUUCUUAUCACAACUCAUCAAUAUGAAAAUCUUGCCGGUAGAAAACCUGUGAAGGUUAGUCAGAGGUACAACAAUGGAUACUUUGGACCAAAUAAAGCUGUUGACGGAGACAGGAGUACUUACCUACUGGACUGCUCACUGACAGCCGCCCGUCAAAGGGAGGCGUGGUUAACGGUGGAUCUAGGAGAGAGGAAACAUAUAGCAUCAAUAUCAAUCCUUCAUGGGGGCUUGGGUCUCAACGCAUCCUCAAUAAAACCAUCUGAUUCUGGUCUCUUUCCUAACCCCCAAGGUGAUGGAGUUGUGUUUGUUUAUAAUCCAAUAAGACAACUUUGUGUAAACAACUUUGAUGAAAAGGAUGCCCAGGUCGUUUGCUUGGUCUGGGGAUUUCUACCAGAUAACCCACUUAUUUUCCCAAUACCCGGAGAAAGAAUAUCGGCCCCAUUUUAUGAAAAUAUCUUGAACUGUGCCGGCAAUGAAGUGAACAUUAAUACAUGUCCAAAAGGAUUUCCCGGCUGUCCAUUAGGAUCAACUCUAGCUUUAAGAUGCAAAAACGGCAGCACACUCUCAGGAUUUUCUGUGUACGUAUCUGAAACAGAAGACUGGAGGACAGGAACUCUCUGUCAUCAACAUGACAUACGACAAAUACCACAAAAUAACAUCAAUAUUGACUGUGUCACUUCCGGGCGCUACGUCACUGUUUACAAUACAAGGAAUAGAACGAUAUACCCAAAUGUAUCCGAAUUUUCAUAUAUUAAUAUAUGUGAAAUCGAAGUUAAAGGAUGUGACCUGGGAUUUUUCGGAGAAAAUUGCACGAGAUGUCCUCAGAACUGUUUAAAUAACACAUGCCACUUUCAGAUAGGAGAAUGUUUUGAGUGUAAGGAUGGAUACAGAGGACAGUAUUGUCAAACAGAAUGUGACCAAGGUUUCUAUGGACGACAAUGUAGUAUGACAUGCAGUGAUUCCUGCUUGGGAAGACUUUGUGAUCCUACAACAGGUCGGUGUAAUAGCUGUAUUGAUGGCAGAUCAGGAUUUUUCUGUGAAACUGAAGUUGGUGCAAGUACAGGUAUAUACAAAUGGACCAUGAUUGCUGUUGGAUUGUUAUCUGUGGUGGUGAUAUUGUUGGUAGUAAUAUUGCUUGUCUGUUAUCUGAAGAAAAAACAACCGUCCUCUAUACCUAACAACAGCCCUGGCUACGAACAAGCCAUAUCAAAAACAGAAAACAACAAAUAUACUGGUAUCCAUGCGGCGAAACCCCCUGAAUAUUUAGAGGUCGAAACGCCUCAUUAUAUGGAGAUAGAAGACUAAGAAAUCAAUACCAAAACAGAGUACCCGUACAUGAAUUUUGAUCAACUAUCAAAUAAUUGAAGGAGGUUAUCUCGGCUAUAUUAUGAUUAUUUUAAGUAAAAUUUAUCAUGUAUAUAUUUUUGUAUUUGCUUCAAAAUGAGUGUUUUACCAAAACAUUUAUUCAGGAUUAUUCACGAGAUUUGUGAUAAAGAAAGCCUCUUUUAUUGCAAAGGUAAUAGUUUAAUUUGAAAAUAAACUAGACGGUAAAAGGAUUCCCAUAUUAUGUU